AUGAUUGCAAAAUCUCUCAAGGAUAGGGAGAAGACUGUUUUUACCGUUAUUUUCGCGCAGGUGAGGCCGGCAGGACGCGGCAAUUUGGCGCGUGCUUCAGCUGCGAAUGGUAACCAACCGUACGGUAGAUGCAGAACAGCAACAACACCGGCUCAGCCUGGAGGUUAUGGCAUGAACGCGUCCUCGCCGAUGGAAGUCGCCCACCAAAAGUAUAUUUUCGUUCGUUGCUAUUGCAGUGAUCAGCAUGCCGUUCAUCCACGUGCUGGGCCAUCGCCGGCGUGUCUUUUGGCUUCGAAGCUACCGCCAGCUGACCAACGGGAGACGGUUUUCAUCAAGACCAACGUGUAUCCGCUAGAAGUUGAGAGUCGUAUGGUGUAUCGCUAUGAUGUGCGGAUGUACACAAGUCGUGCUGGCACGUCGAAGGAGAGGACAAGAGAUUUGUGCCAAGGCGACAAGGACGAGUGCAGUCGUAUGGUGUAUCGCUACGAUGUGCGGAUGUACACGAGUCGUGCUGGCACGUCAAAGGAGAGGACAAGAGAUUUGUGCCAAGGCGACAAGGACGAUGCUGAAGUGACACUGCGCCACCGCAAAUGUAUGCUGCUGAUGAAGCGCGCAUUGGAGCUGUACCGCAUUCUCAGCGAGAACGGCGCCUACUUGUACGACCUGUCGAGCACACUAUUCACCAACGAACCUCUCAGCAAACAAUACCUUCCUCGCUUGAAAAUCCCGCACGAAAAGCUCACCGCUGAGAUCGAAGAACUGAUCGGUGCGAGCGACGUGACCAUCGAGAUAACGCCGUGCGCGGAGAGUGCGCACACAUUCAACGUGGCCGAUUUUAACAACUCGGUGACGAACGACUUGACUCGCCAGGACCACACACUGCGACAGUUCUUCGAGAUCCUCACCAAUCACUCGGCACUGCAAAAGUGA